AUGGCCAAAGCAGGCAACCUCAUCGCCCUCAUCAUCCUGAUUGUCCUCGUUGCCGUUGUCGCAGCCAUCGGAUUUGUGGCCUACUCGAUCGCUCAUGAUGUCGGACACAAGACGCGGCAGAAACUGGAAAGGAAGAACGUUUCAUUCAGUCGUGACGGGAUGAAAGUCGGGGUGAAAGAAGUGACACGGGAACAACAGGAGGAUGCGGCGCAGAGUGUUUUGACAAAAGUCUGGAACAACUCGUCUCAAUCUCCGGCGCUAGGAUCGGGACAGGGAAGCAAGACGCCUUCGGGGACGCCUGGAGCGGAGAAGAGGAACCCGUUUUCGCGCUCAUCGUCUUCAGCGCAGUCGGUUCCUAGUCUCUCGCGACACGGGUCAAACCAGAACAACCUGUCUCGCACAACAUCGGCGCAGACUCCGCUGUCACGGACCACCUCCUCGCAAAGCAGAUCGUAA